UGUGGUUACUGGUUAAUAGGUUAGCUGCAGUGGAUCCUUCUAUGGAUAGAGCGAGGCAUGUCAUUUCAAGCCAUAGCUUUCGUCGGAAACGUUCAAUAAGAAAAGUAAACACGUUCCCAAAUGCGCUUUGUGACACCCCGCAUUAUGGAGCUGAACAGUCUGCUAGGGCUUUACUGUACCACCCACCUCAGACCGCCACUGUAGGCCCGUCUUAGGUCUUACUCCAGCAAUCUGCUUGCAGAGUUCUGCCUACUGCAAGAGUGCUGUGGCAUUUGGAGUAACUGGAAUGCACCUUUAGGCACUUUGACCUGUGAACCCCGUGCAGAGAUUCCAUUACCAUGAUGUGAUCCCAGGAGCUCAUCAGCCUCACUGCCAUGCCUGAGUGGAGUGCACCUUCUGCCGUCCCAAUGGGUGAAGAGUCUCCCCGCUUGUCCACUGGCUCGUCUUUCAGCGAAUGCCUGUCCACCAGCACCAUAUCAGACAGCUCUGUUCUGAUUGGUGGGGACCUCCCUGAUAAUGGCCGUCCUGUGAGCCUUGUUUCCACCUUAUCCUCAAGUUCAAGCUCUUCCAAAGAGGAGCGCUGUCUCUACAGAAGCUCCAUACAGAGCAUAGACCUGGAGCCGGGCCCCGCUGGCGAGGAGCGGCCGGCUGGCCUUGGGGAGGGCAGUGCAGAGGGAGCUGUUCAGAAGAACAAUAAGACUGUGGUCCCACUCUGGGCUGAUCACUCCAACCAGGUCCCCUGCUCAUCCCCUGAAGCCCAAACCAUGGCUCCCAGCCCCCAGCUCACGUACCUGGACCGGGUUGUCAUGGAGAUCGUGGAGACAGAGCGCAUGUAUGUGAGGGAUCUGCGUGGCAUUGUGGAGGACUACCUGGCUCAUAUCAUUGACACCACUAACCUGCCCAUUCUCCCAGAACAAGUGGGUGCUCUCUUUGGGAACAUUGAGGAUAUCUACGAAUUCAACAGUGAACUGCUGCAGUCCCUAGACAUGUGUGAGAAUGAUGCUGUGGCCAUCGCCAGGUGCUUUGUGCAGAAGACUGAAUAUUUUGAGAUCUACACACAGUAUUGCACCAACUACCCAAAUUCAGUGGCUGUGUUGACAGAGUGCAUGAGGAACAAGACUCUGUCGAACUUCUUUCACGAUCGACAGGCCAUGCUGAAGCACCCGCUGCCCCUCGGUUCCUACCUGCUCAAGCCGGUCCAGAGAAUACUGAAGUACCACCUGCUGCUCCAGGAGAUUGCCAAGCACUUCGACGCUGAGGAGGAGGGCUAUGAAGUGGUAGAAGAGGCCAUCUACACCAUGACAGGUGUAGCCUGGUACAUCAAUGACAUGAAGAGGAAACAUGAACAUGCUGUGAGACUGCAGGAGGUGCAGUCUUUGUUGAUCAACUGGAAGGGGCCGGACCUCACAACCUACGGGGAGUUGGUUCUGGAGGGCACUUUCCGUGUGCACCAUUCCAAGAAUGAACGAACGCUCUUCCUCUUUGAGAAAAUGCUCCUCAUCACCAAGAAGCAUGGGGAGCACUAUGUCUACAAGACACACAUCUCAUGCUCAACGCUGAUGUUGAUUGAGAGUGCCAAAGACUCCCUGUGCUUCAGUGUCACGCACUACAGAUAUCCUAAGCAGCCCCACACUGUCCAGGCUAAGACUGCUGAGGAGAGGAAGUUGUGGGCCCAUCAUAUUAAAAGGCUUAUUUUGGAAAACCACCAGGCCAUUAUCCCACAGAAGGCAAAGGAUGCAUUACAAAUGGAUUCUGUGUACCCUAAGUAUCGCUACAGCCCAGAGAGAAUGAAGAAAGCCAUGUCCUGCCAACCAGAUGACGUAGGGGUCCAUGUAAAACGACGACAGUCAGAACCAGCCAAACAGAUCAUACAGAGCACUAAAGAUACUUUUAAGCCCGCAGGGGUUGGUGGGACACCGUUGGAUGGUGCCCUCUCCCUGCAGACUUACACUAGUGCCGGUGAACAGGGCAUUGGCCUACAUGGCCUAGAGGAUGUGGGGUCUCACAAGGAGGAAGAAGAGGAGAAGAUGGGCCUGAGAGAGGGCAGUAAUGAUCCAGGGCUGCCAACCUCAAAGGUUGAGAAGGAAUGGGAGAGCGACAGCGAUGAUAUACUGAUGGAGGACGACCAAAUGGACGACUUUGCCAGCUCGAUGCUGGCCGCCAUCUCCAGCUGGCACUAUAGAGUGAGGGCUUUGCUUUCAAACCAGGCCACUAUGGAUAAUGAGGAGGAUGGCAUCUUGGAAGAGAACAAGUUUACCACUGAGAACCUCCAGACAUCCUACCAGCAUGAGUUAGGUGUGACACCCUUGGAUUUAUCUCGGCCACAUCAGGUUGCAUCAAAUGGGUCAGUGCUAGACAGCCAUGACAGUCAGCCUGGUCUCCCAGAGAGACCUGAACCAGACCUAACUGGAUCAGAUCUGCUGGUCCUCACCAAGACCACUCCGAUCACAGCCACGGUUCCGAAAAAACCGGGAUCCAGCGGAAGCCAAAAUGCAGAGAAACGAAAGCAGCGGGAGAAGAAGCAUGCCACACAGCGGGAUGGGGUGAAAUCUGUAAGCAGGGAAGAAUCAUCGGAAUCGGAGGAAGAGGGGAAUGUAGCAGGGCCAGAGAGUGAAUCUGACAGUAUUUUGCCAUCGUCUGUGCUGAACCAGGCUGCUGUCAUUGUCGAGCACUUCCUCAACAGCACCCGGAGAGGGAGUCUACACUCUGUGGGUGGGCCCUGCCAGAAGCACGUCAGCCGGAGUGGCAGUACCAUGAGUAUGAGCACAGAUUUUCUAGAGACGGUGCAGAGGCUCCACAAUAACCCUGUGGAAGCUCGACAGAACCUGUGCAAUCGGGACUCCACCACCACAAACUGUCCCAGAGCAAACGACCUCUUUGAGGGGAGUGGUAUACCAAUGCGGAGGCAAGACUCCAGCCUCUCCAGACAGGACCAACUGCUCAUUGACAAAAUAAGAUGUUAUUAUGAGAAUGCUGAGUACAAGGAAGCCGACGUCAGUCGCACACGUAGAGAAAGUCUCACCUCCAUUCCCACAGGCCUGGUCCAAACCUCUGUCAGCCAACUCAACAGCAUCCCCAAAGAUGAAGCUCUUGCUAAGGAGACAAAGUGUUCCCCUAUCAUGAUUUCAGCUCCUUCCACCAGUAGUAUUUCUACACCCAGUGAAGCAAUUGAGACAACAGGUUUAGAUAAAACACAACAGCCUAAAUUCUUUGGCUUUGGUGCAAAAUCCUGCAUGAGUUCCGAAGACAUUGUGCCUAGCUCUCAGAUUGAGUCUUUAGUAAUAUUUGAGAACAUACAUGGAUGCGUAGCACCCCGAAAAAUCCUAGGCCACUCAGUCAACCUGGAUGAAGACCCAUCCCGGGUCCAUAGCCAUCAGGGUCGACUUUCCAGGCCUGUUCUUCUUCAGAUGGACAUCGAAGAAGACAGGCAGAUGCAGGAUGAGGAGAAAGCAAAAACUACAGUUUUUCAGUUGGCCCGGCAAUACAGUCAACGCAUGAAAACCACCAGAAAAUCUAUACAGAACAACCCAGAUCUGGACGACCUGCAUGAUGUUAACCUGCCUUCUGUGUUGGAGGAGCGGCCAGAGACAGAGAACCAAGCCCUGCCAAGGUCCCCCAGCCCUCAGGAUCGAUCCCCCAGCCGCUCCUGCCCCAUGAGCACACCCAGCCCCACGCAGACCGAGGGCUUCCACUGGCCAGAUGUGCGUGAGCUGCGCUCCAGGUACUCCUUCCAGGGAGAAGAUCAUGCCCAGGACUGCCUGCAGGCUUCAUCCGGGACCCUGAGUCGGGGCCCCAGGAGGCGCUCCAGUAGUUCCUCCAGCUUCUCAGGGUCACAGACUGCUAUCUUCAGCCAAGCCCUGGCCUCCAAGCCUCAGAGGUGGGAGUUCUGCCAGGGUAAGCCGCGGACGCGCAGAGCCGGAUCCCCAGAGCACAAGCUGUGUGAGCUGCCUGGGCCACGAGCCACAGAAAAUGCUGCUGUGCUACCUGAGCAGGCAGAUGGGACAGAACUGUACAAAGCACAAGUGUGGGGGAAGAAGGACGAGCACGCCUCACCUACAUGCCAAGGCAAGAUCUCUGCCAUGGCUGACUUCGAACACAGCAGGUCCAACUGGGAUUUAGAAAAGUACCGGCAAAGGGAGGAUGGUUGCGUGACAGGGGCUUUGGCCGUGAGGUGCAGUGAGAGCAGGGAGAAUGACCACCAGUCAGAUCUCCAUGAACAGUAUGAGGACACAGAGAACACAGGAAACAUGGAGAAUGACACUGGACAGCAGAGUAACGUCAAAAACUUGAGGGAGAAGUUCCUCAGUAUGACAUCGAAUGUAAGCAUGCUUUAAACGGGCCCUAUUAUGCUCAUUUUUACCGUUUAUAAUUUUAUUUUGGGGGUAUACUAGAAUAGAUUUACAUGAUUCAAUGAACAUUAUUCUGAUACGGUACAUCUCUAUUCACUCUGUCUGAAACACUCGGUUAGAGCCUCAAGCCCCAAUCCAGAUGAGCUCAGUGUAGUUUUGAUUGGUCAGCUUGCCUGAUUGGACAGUUUGCCUGAUUGGUCAGCUUGCCCUACACAUUCCGUCCCUGUCUUGCAGUCUGCAGACAGAUCCUUGCAGGGAGUCAGCCAAUAAGGAUUGUGUUAGAAGCUGUGUUAAUUUUGACAGCAAAUGAGAGAAUCUGCAGUCAUACAGUACACGUAUCUUCAGUUCUGUGUCACUUGACAAAUAAUAUUGUCAAAAAGGUUUUGAAUUGUACUGAAUUAAUUUCAUUUGACAGUCAGGUAUUGAAUACUUGCAAUGUUCACACGCCUAAUAGGCUACAUAAAUAUAUAUCACACUAAAUAGUUGGACAUUAUGAUCUUCUGGACCUUUGCUUCAAGAAAUGUUCUCUAACUAGACCUCCUUAAAUUUUAGUUGAAUACCUCUGCCUUACGUGAACUACAUUAGGCAAUACACUUCAUCAUAGUCUUAGGCCUCGUGAAAUCAUUUUUAUUUAGUUAUUGUCUCGUUUUAGUCUGAAAAUAAAGGUCGUUGACGAUAACUAUGACGAAACUUUUUCGUCAACAAAAUUAACACUGGUUAGAAGGUGAUAUCACCAUGUCAUGCAGGUAAGGACUGGAAUUCCAGUGAAGCAUUUCAGGCAGAUUAGAGAAGAGUAGUUUCAGUGGUGCACUUUGGGCCAUAAGACUUUGCUGACUGAUUACAUGAACACUAUAUAACUAUAUAACACACUAAAGGAAAGGGAAACACUGGCAAAGCAUAUGAAGGCCCCUUUAAACCUGUUCAUUUCAGUUCAUUCAAGUUUACUUUUGUGCAAAACUUCAUGUGCCAUUCUUGCUGCUUAACUGUAAAAAUAUGAAUAUAAUAUCCUCAUGCUGCCUGAAUAUUUAUACACAUUAAAUUUAAAUAGUUUCAACAUAACAUAUCAAGCUGAAAAAAAGCUCCCUUAAACAACUUAACUGGUCAAGAAGUUAACCGCCCAAUAAUGUGAUGGUUUGCCUCAUAUAGUGGAAUGCUGAAUAUUAACAAUUUCUCUUGGGAGAAUUUUGAAUCAUUUUCAACUUCGUACCUAACUUGUGAAAAAAUCAUUUGUUUAAAACAGCAUUCUUGUGACCUUAGAUUAUAGCCUCACUGAUGUGUGGGAAAAGUAUGUAUGUAUAUCUGUGUGUGUAGAUACCUGUAUAUAUGUCAAAUAAAAUAUAUGGAGAUUGAAUGAUAAA